AUGUACUGGUCAUAUCCAGGUCAUGGCUGCUGCAUGUUGAUGUGUAUAUAUGCUGACUUGGUAGAUGGGGACGACGGGGAGCCGGACUGGAUGGUGCAGCACGCUCGACGUGAGAGGACCCAGGAGAUGCUUGCUCGCCGAAAGGAGCUGGAAGAGCGUCUGGCCAGAGUCAGGGAAACAGAGGAGAGGCAUAGAAAGAAGUUGGAGCUUGCUUCUCGCUUGACCAAGAAGAUGCGAGUUGUUAAUGAGAAAGUCCGUCCAGAAACCAAGGAUGAAGACUUUGAAUUAGAUGACUAUGAAAGUGGAGAUGAAAAGGCUGGACGGCCGCAGGAUGAUGGCAACCCCCUAUCAUCAGAUACGUUGGCCCUCCUUGAGAAGCUCAAAGGCCCUGCCCAGCGGAUAGAGCUAGAGGAAGACAAUGAAAGCGUCAAGAUCAUAUACUGCUCUCGUACACAUUCACAGCUGAUCCAAUUCGCGCAGGAGAUGCGCCGGGUCAUGCCCAUAUCCAGUAUACCCCCAGACCUAGACGACAACUUGAAGGAAGAGAAAAAAGAAAACCAACAGGAUGAAGGAGAGUGGAUAAAACAUACUCCCCUCGCAUCUAGGAAAACCCUCUGCAUCAACCCUUCGGUCCGGUCUCUGUCUUCUGCCACGGCCAUCAAUGAACGGUGUCUGGAGAUACAACGCCCCAAUGCAGCUGCAGAGCACAAGUGCCCAUACCUCCCUACCAAGGACAACGAGCUCAAGACCUCUCAGUUCCAGGACCACCUACUCGCUCGAGUUAACGAUAUUGAAGACCUACCACCCUUAGGCACCAAGAUGGGCAUAUGUCCAUACUACGCAUCUCGUACGGCUAUGAGAGCUUCUGCCACAGAGGUGGUCACACUACCCUACCCUUUACUAUUACAACAGUCAGCCCGCGAAGCACUCAACCUCUCAGCCAAGAAUAGUGUCAUCGUCAUCGACGAAGCACAUAACCUCGUCGAUGCUAUCGUCAAUAUUCACUCCGUCACCGUCUCACUAUCACAGCUUAGGACUGCCCUGGCCCAGAUUACCACGUACGCUAGACGGUUCAAGUCUCGCCUAAAGGGCAGAAAUCGAGUAUACAUUGCCCAGCUUAUCAGGCUGGUUGGAUGUAUGGUCUCAUUCUUGGAUGGUGUUGGGCAGAAUGACAGACUGGAUGCAGAGCUAACGGUGCAGGAUGUCCUCGGUGGCGGAAAGGGGAAGGGAGGUGUGGAUAUGAUCAAUCCGCAUAAACUAGGCGUGUACCUGAGAGAAAGCAAGCUCGCUAGAAAGGUAGAUGGAUACAUCGAACACACAGCCACUCAGCAGGCCAAUGGUGGUGACGGGGGUGGCAAGAAGGUAGACGGUGGUAUGCCUGUGUUAUUCCAUGUGCAAAGCUUCCUACUUCCGCUCAUGGACCCUUCGGACGAAGGACGCCUGUUCUACGAGAAGGUUGGCGGUGACGUACAGUUGAAAUACCUCUUACUUGAUCCUACUAGUCGAUUCAAGGAGCUUGUCGAAGAUGCAAGGGCAGUUAUACUUGCUGGAGGAACCAUGGAGCCAAUGGACGACUAUGUUAAUCACUUGCUCUCGUAUCUCCCGCGAGAGAAGAUAAAGACGUUUACUUACGGCCAUGUCAUACCAAAGGAUAAUCUGAUGGCUAUCCCGAUUGACAGAGGAAUGGAUGGAACAGAAUUCAACUUUACUUUUGAUCAGCGCAGGUCUGAAAAGAUGAUCAUCAGCCUGGGUCGGACAAUAGUCAGAUACUGUUCUAUCAUCCCUGACGGCGUCGUGGUCUUCUUCCCCAGCUACGACUACUUAGCAACCGUGCUGAAAGUAUGGUCCUCUAGCUCCGGAAUCCUCAAUAGCCUCUCCCGUCUUAAGCCCAUCUUCCAUGAGCCCCAGUCUACAGGUAGUAUGAACGUCAGCGCCAACGCUAACACCAGCACUGACUCUCUCCUCUCUAAAUACUCCGCUUCCGUCGACGCAGGGAAAGGCGGCCUCCUACUCUCCGUGAUGGGAGGAAAACUAUCAGAAGGCAUCAACUUCUCAGACGCCCUAGGCCGUGGUGUUAUCGUGGUCGGCCUUCCGUUCCCCAACACCCGCAACGCCAUCUGGCAGGCUAAGUUGCAGCAUGUUGAAAGGAAGGCAUAUGAACUUGCUGACUCCAUCCAGUCAGACGAGGGCCGACGAGCUUGUGGCAAGGCAGCAAGUAGAGCAUACUAUGAAAACACAUGUAUGCGGACGGUGAACCAGUGUAUUGGGCGAGCCAUACGACAUAAGGGGGACUAUGCUGCUAUUUUGAUGAUAGACAGGAGGUAUCAGACGGAGAGGAUUCAGGGGAAGCUGCCUGGCUGGAUCAGGGGCAGUCUUCUCAAGAAUCACCAGGGCGAUGUCCCCGGCCAACUCCAGCACUUUUUCCAGUCAAAGCCAUAG